AUAUCAACUAGCAAAUAUAUACAAAACGUGAUUAAACUUGUAAACUACAAGUAGUACAUGUAUAUUCGUUGAAAUAGAAAAAGAAAAUGCUCCUUCGUACAUACAUCUUGGUCACAAAUCACAAUCAAAUUUGUCCACAAGUAUUUUUAAGUAGAUAACACUUAAUAACACAAGAAAAAGCUGGUCCAAAUAAGUAACUAUGAAAAUUCUGCUCGUCUUACUAGGAAAGAAACUAGAAAAUACAUGUAUUGUCCUACUAUAAGAAUAUAACAGCUAGCUAGGAAUAGUAUACAAACAAUUCUCCAAUAUGUAAGCACGAGGGGGGAAAUAGAGCUUAUAUUCAAUGCAUGGACAGUUUAAAUAAUUUUUAUUCAUCAGUACAUUAACAAAAUACGCUCUACAGCAACAUCGAUGUAGUUAUUUAGUACUCUAUUCGGUUUUAUUUGUUAUAUUUUAAAUUGACACAUCUAUUAAGAAAAAUAAUUAAUAACAUGACUACUUUUUAUCGGAGUAUCCCUAUUAAGUGAUGCUUACAUUGUAUCUUGAAACUAAUUGAAAAAAAAAUAAUUAAUAUUAAGAGUGAAAUAGAAAAAAAUUGUAGUAAAACUAGAAAUUCAAUUAGGAAAUUAGUAACAAGUAAAAGCGAACGGACGGAGUAGAAAGAUCCACCAAUAUUGUACUAUUACCAAUUAAUUACACUUAUAUAAUAUAAAAUUUUUACCCUAAUAUAAUUUACGCUCAAUAUUUAACACUAUUACAUGCUCAGUUCCCAAAAAUCAAGGAGUUAAAAUUUUAUAGAACGCCAAAGUAAAUAACUGUUUAUCCUAUCAAACCAUUUAAAAGAUGUUUAUGAGUCUUCUUAAAAUAUGAAUUUGAUAACAAGUACUUAAAUAUUUUAUCUAUUAUAAUAGAUAAAUAUAACUUGAUAAUAUAAAAAUUAUUUAUGUCUACCGUGCAUAUUGCUUAAGUUGCUAGGAUAUGUAUAUAGUCAGAUAAGCACGGCUAGUGCCAGCUAGUAGUGUACAAAUAGCUGAAAAAUUAGAAAACUAAAUGACACACAAAAUCUAUAUUCUUAUUUGACCAAUUAAACCAACCAAUUCUUCUGAAAACAUUUUCAAAAAUAUAGGAAACCACAUGCCGGGUUUUAGCCGUCAUCCUAACUUCAAACCAAACACCGAAUCCAUUUAAAAAGACAACUUUUCAUUAUUCAACAUUCCAAUUGCACUUUACUACUAAAUUGUGUUUGGGCAUUUUAUCUUUACCAUUACAAGCACCACCGUCGACUACCACCGAUAUUAUUGUCAACCACCACAUGUUCUUUUGCCAUGUAUCUCUAUUUGUUAGUAAUCAUUCCUUUGUGUUUCCUUGUGAAAUUUCUAUCAAAAACUUCCUUACUACAUAUUAUCAAGAAAUGGUUGCGUUUGCUAGAAGACAAAUGCUAUGUGUACCAAUUCUACAAGGUCCCUCAAUUCAACCACAACAUGCAGGAAAAUCAACUCUAUCGAAAAAUCAGCACUUACCUGAAUUCUUUACCCUGUGUUGAGAAUUCUGAUUUCACGAAUCUUCUCUCGGGAAACAAACCGAGUGAUAUCAACCUCGUACUCGAUACGAAUCAGAAGAUCGCUGAUGAUUUCCUCGGGGCCAGAAUAUUUUGGAUCAAUGAGAAGGAUGAAAACGGUCUCAAAUCGUUUGUGCUGAAGAUAAGGAGGACUGAUAAGCGUAGAAGUCUUCGUCCUUAUCUUCAACACAUUCACUCCAAAUUCGAUGAAGUUGAGCAGAGGAGAAAGGAAGUGAGAUUGUUCGUCAACAUCAACGGUGAAUUUAAUGGAAACAGACAGUGGAUAUCAGUGCCGUUUACUCAUCCAGCAACAUUUGACACUGUCGUAAUGGAACAGGAUGUGAAGAACAAAGUCAAAGCUGAUUUGGAAACGUUCCUGAAAUCAAAGCAGCAUUAUAAUAGAAUCGGCCGGAUUUGGAAGCGGAAUUAUUUACUAUACGGACCUUCUGGGACAGGAAAAUCAACAUUCAUUUCCGCAAUUGCAAAUUUCCUAAGCUACGAUGUGUACAACAUUGAUUUGUCAAAAGUUACUGACAGCUCCGAUCUGAAAUUACUUCUAUUGCAGAGCACGAGUAAGUCGUUGAUUGUCAUGGAAGAUCUCGACAUGUACCUGUGUAACAACUCUACAGCUGUAAGUUUCUCUGCGAUUCUCAAUUUCAUGGACGGGAUUUUUUCGUGCUGUGGGGAGGAACGAGUUAUGAUAUGCACGAUGAAUAGCAAAGAUCAGAUUGAUCCAACGGUUCUAAGGCCUGGAAGAAUUGAUCAUCACAUACACUUCCCUUUAUGUGAUUUCAAUGCAUUCAAAAGUCUAGCCAGUAGUCAUUUGGGAUUAAAAGAUCACAAACUUUUCCCACAGGUGGAGGAAAAUUUUCUAAGCGGGUCGGUUUUGAGUCCGGCGGAGAUUAGUGAAAUCAUGAUUUCAAACCGGAGUUCGCCAAGCAGGGCGUUGAAAUUGGUGAUUUCUACUCAGCAGAGUAACCGUAAGCUCGUCCCUUCAAGAACAUCCGAUAAGAUUGAAACAAUACACAGUAACACUGAGGCCGACCUAGCACCUAAGUAUCCACUAUGGUUGAGCAAAUCUAGAUCGGUGCGACCCGUGGAGGAAUCGGAUGAGUCGGAUAAGUGCACACAAGGAUUGAUGAAAUCUAAAUCGGUUCGACCCAUGGUGGAAUCGGUGGAAUCGGCUAGAUUUGGCAAGGAAAGUGUAAAUGAGCUUAGAAAGUUUUAUGGACUUAUAAGGAUAAAGAGUAGUAGGAAGAAAUCUUUAGAUUUUGAUGCCUCAGAAAAAUAAAAUUCUAGGGAUGGCAUUGGUAGCUAGUUAGCAUGAAGAAGCAUUUAUCUUGUUCAAAAUUCAAAUAGGUGUGACAUGAAUUUUUAGUUUUGGGGCUCCAACAAUUUAAUGGAUCCUUUGUUAGCUCAUCAUCUCUUUCUUUAGUGUAAUUCCAAUAAUGAAAAGUAAAUUUAGAGUGAGAACAUUAAUAUGAGUUCAUGUAAA